CCAUGUGUACAUACAUAGCUGCUUCUUCUUCACCCUUCCAAAAAAUCAGGAAUUACUAGAUUCUGCAACUGUGCUUCCGUAAUGUUGAAGAAGAAGCUCUUCACGCCCCUUUCAACCUAUUUGGGGCGCAGCUUAACUUCAAUACCUGAACACUUCCCUUCGAACUUUUCUCCUCAUAUUAAACUUCCUCUUCACGCAUUACCAUCAUCGCCCUUUGCACCCCACGAUCGUCUUUGUCAUAACUCCACUUGCUAUUUUUCCCUUGGGUGCGUCAGAUUUUCCGGGAAAAGUUUGUGCUCAAAAUCUGCUGAAAAAUUGGAAAGUAGGUGCUGGAAUUGUCAUGCUGUCCCUGAAUCAGCAGCACCUUUUCUGGUCUGCGAGUCAUGUCGGUGCAUUCAACCCGUUGAUGAUUCCAUUGACUAUUUUGAAAUAUUUGGGUCGGAGAGGAAGUAUGACAUAGAAGGUAAGAAUUUGGAGGGCAAGUACAAAGAUUGGCAAAAGAAACUGCAUCCUGAUUUAGUACAUUCAAAAUCUCAGAAAGAAAGAGAAUUUUCUGCAGAACAAUCUGCAAGGGUGAUUGAUGCAUACCGUACACUUAGCAAGCCUUUAUCAAGAGGGAUUUACAUGCUGAAGCUUAAUGGAAUAGAAAUUGAUGAGGAACAGACGAUUUCAGAUCCAGAAUUGCUAGCAGAGAUUAUGGAAAUCAGGGAAGCCGUUGAAGAAGCAAUGAACUCUGAGGCAUUGAAUCACAUUCUCUCUCAGAUGCAGGAGAAACUGGAAAAUUGGUCUAAUGCCCUUGCUGAUGCUUUUCAAAGCCGAAACUUUGAAGAAGCAAAAAUUGCAAUUAGGAGAAUGACUUACUAUAGUCGUGCAAUUGAUGAAGUUAUAAAGAAGCUUUGAUGUAGGCCAUCAUUACUGUUGUACCUGUUCUACCUUUUGUGCUUCAAGACUUUUACAGUAAAAUGUAUCUCUCCGUCAACAACUGAUGAUUCUACUGAUAUAUUCUUUCUCUAGUUUACUACCUUGGAAAUGUAAUAGUUUAUCUUAAGCUUCCCCUCCUUGUAAUUCUGCCUCUGAUUCUUUUAUUUUCAUAUUAUUAUCGAUUACAUUAGUGUAGGCUUCAUACACAGAGCUAUUCCUUUGGGGGCAAAUGUUAGAUCAGUUGUCAGUAUGAAGAAUUUGACUCGCUUAUCCGAAUGAAGUGGCCUAUCAGGAAAUGACCAUUUGAUUUCAACAAAUGUCUCAACGGUCCUUUUUGCUUUUAUAUGCACAUGAUGGAGUUUACAUUUUGUCACCACAUCAUGAGGCACAUCCUAAGCACGAGUACCCUUUAAGAUGCGCUGCAUGCUACUAAGCAACAUUUGUGUAUUCCUGAAUAAAGUUAUUAUGUAUGAGUAUUACUCUCCUCACCAAAGAGUGAUGACCUAGUGAAUUUUGCUACAUUGUAUUUGAUGUUAUAAAGGUGUUUUG